GACUCAGAGCUGCUGGCCAAUGCAGAGGAGGUGGAUAUAUCCGUUUCAGAUGACAUGGAGCUGGAUAGCAGUGAAACUCUGGAGCCUGAAUCUGAGUGGAAAGCUCUUCUUCAUCGCCUUUCAAAGCUCAAGCAUGCAAAGCUGUCAGGUCGAGAAAGAAAGGCCUUUGGUGAGCGCAUGUCCACCUUGAAUAUGUUCAAGGACCGAGCAGCAUCCAUUGUGAUCUCCAUGAAAGUUUUGAACGAUGGAAUAUCGCGCGCAAAGUCAAAGGUACUGAUGGUCAACAGAGACACAUACACUCGUGUGAGGUCUUCAUUUCAGAACCUAUGCCGCCAUCUCCUUCCAAACAAGUCUGUCAAUCUCAUGCAACUUGGAGAAACUGUUGAAGAUGGCAUUAAGAUUGCCUUCUGUAACAGUCCUGCAUCACAGGAUUCUGCACCAUCUUGGAACACAAACCUCAGUCAGCUCUCUG